AAUACUUCAGAAAUGACCUUUAUUGGAUUAUUGUGACCACCAUUCGCUCUGGCGGUGACUCCAACUAUCUCCUUUAUGUUUUCCUUCUGCCACUAAAGUUAAGUGGGCUUUUAGUUUCGUUUGCUCUUCUUUUCCGGUGUGGUACCGGGGGAACGGGCAGGAUGGGAGGAAACGGGAGCACGGCCAGGAACGUGUCGUUCGGACUGGACGAAAACGAGAAGGUCACCGUUAUUGAAGGAGUGAAGCUGUCAGAGGAUGUAUUGAGACGGAUGAAGAACUCUCAGAAAUCAGAAAGCACCAAACCCUCAGAGCCUCCUGCAGAAAGUCACAAGCCGCCACCAAAUUCGAAACAAUCGGGACCCUUGACAACAGAGACACGGGAGGAGAUGCGCAAAAACUUUGAGCGUCAGCAGGCUCUGGUGCAGGAGCAGUUGGCUAAACUGGCCCAGAAGGAGAGAGAAGCUGCAGCCGUCACAGACCUGAGUGAGCUGACCCCGGCCCUCAUGUUGGAGAAACACAAGACCCACGAAGAGCACGAAAAGGCCAAGUUAUUGCCAGCAGAUUUGGAUGCAUGGGCCAGACGACUGGAGCAGAAAGAACAGGAGCUGGCCACCAUUUCCAAUUUCUAUAAAGAGAAAUUAGAUGUAUUGGAGAAAAAGAACUUCGACAACUACAGACAGACAACGGAGCAGUACAGCCAGGCAGCAGCUAACACUGAAGCUCGUAUACGGACCCGGCCGACUGCUCCUGUGUGCUCCGAGCUGCAGGCUAAAGUGCUUCAGUGUUACAGAGAAAACCCACAGCAGACCCUGCACUGCUCCAGCUUGGCCAAUCAGUACAUGACCUGUGUUCAGCAAGCAAAGAAGAGCUCUUUGACGAAUCAUGGCUGAGGAACACAAAGAAAUCAGCAGCAAGUGGAGAAGAAAUGAAGAAACUGAAAACACAUCAAAUCUGCCUGUUUUUCUUUCUCCUUCUGUGGGUUAUUGGUCCAUCCAUUAGUUUGGUCACAAAUGACCCUCUCCUCUUUCUCAUUCAGCAUUUAUCUUCUCCUUUCCUCUGUAGCAUCUUGAUUUGUCACUUCAGCGUGUAAGAUGGGCUGAUUUAUUGUCAAGUUGUGCCAGAGCUCCCCUCCUGCUGCUGCUGCUGAAAUAAAUUCCAGUGAUCCAGUGAUGAUGAAA